AUGCCCCAGUUAAACCCCGCCCCCUGAUUUAUAAUCUUCAUGUUUACAUGAGCAAUUUUCCUAACUAUUCUUCCCCCAAAAGUAAUAGCACAUACUUUCCCAAAUGAGCCUUCUCCCCAAGGUAUAACAACUCCUAAAACUGCCCCCUGAAACUGACCAUGACACUAA